AGCUGCCGAGGCGGCCGUUCUUGCUGCAGCGGCCGCCGCCGCGGGGCCGCGGAAACGCUCUGUGGAGCCCUGCCUGUCCCGUCCGUCCAGGUCAGCAGCUAAAGGAGCCUCACCUGCCUCCCUUCUCUAAGUACCAGGGAUUUGAGGAGAAGCAGUGAAGAUGUCAAACGAGCCACCUCCUCCCUACCCAGGGGGCCCCACAGCCCCGCUUCUGGAGGAGAAGAGUGGAGCCCUACCCAGCCAAGGCCGUACAUCCCCAGCUGUGAUGCAGCCCCCACCGGGCAUGCCAUUGCCCCCUGCAGACAUUGGCCCCCCACCCUAUGAGCCACCAGGUCACCCAAUGCCCCAGCCUGGCUUCAUCCCCCCCCACGUGAGUGCAGAUGGCGCCUACGUGCCUCCAGGUUUCUACCCUCCUCCAGGCUCCCACCCACCCAUGGGCUACUACUCCCCAGGGCCCUACCCCCCAGGGCCCUACCCUGGACCUGGGGGCCACACAGCCACAGUCCUGGUCCCUUCAGGGGCUGCCACCACAGUGACAGUGCUGCAAGGAGAGAUCUUUGAAGGAGCGCCUGUGCAGACAGUGUGUCCCCACUGCCAGCAGGCCAUCACCACCAAGAUAUCCUACGAGAUUGGCCUGAUGAACUUUGUGCUGGGCUUCUUCUGCUGCUUCAUGGGAUGUGACCUGGGCUGCUGCUUGAUCCCCUGCCUCAUCAACGACUUCAAGGAUGUGACACACACGUGCCCCAGCUGCAAAGCCUACAUCUACACGUACAAGCGCCUGUGCUAACGGAGCUGGGACUCGGGACUCCCCUGCCUGUUAGUCUGGCCCCCUGUGCUUUGCUCCCCACCAGUGGUCUCUUCCCUGUUCUCACAUGGGGCUGGAAGCCAUGACACUGUCCCCUGGAAGUCUUGUCCUCUUCACCUUGCCCUACCCUGAGCAUCUGACUCUUCCAGCAAAAAUUCUGUUGGAUUUAAGGCCAAGGGCUAGUGGAUGGCAGGACAGAAGGCUGGCACUGAGCUUAAGUGUUGCUGGUCUACUUGGUGUUUGUGGUCAGGAAGAUAAGCUUGGAGGGGUUUCCCACCAGAAUCUUCAUUCCUCCGUUUCUAUACAAGGUACAGGUUCAGUCCUGACUCCCUGGGACCAAAAGCAGCCAGACCAGUAGCCAGUUCUCUAGGCCUGGGGCCUGCAGUAUGACUGUGCCUAUAGCCACAGUUGUUUUUGAUCUGCAGGGCCAAGAAUGGGGGAGUUGUCUGGAGUCAGCUGGACCCAAGCAGGACAGGAUCAUAAGGCCUGGCUUUGUUUUGGGAGUACCCUGCGCCUCUGGGGUGCUAGAGGUGUGGCAUGAUGGUCGGAUGUAAUGACUGCCAACUCUGGCCCUCGGAACUCACGUGUCCAAACCACCUCUAACACCCUGUCCAAGGGCCCGAGAGCUACCUGGUGUGAGGGGGAGAGGACACUGGUUGAGUGACCGAGCCCUAGUGGCCAAGAAGGAACUUGCCUCUUAACCCCUCACCCAGCUCCCUGAAUCAGUGUGCAGACCCCCUUUCUGGCCAUGCCUCUGUGAACUCCUGUAUUGCUGGGGCCAGAAGAAAUGCCCAUCAGCCUCGCCAGUCCUGUCUCCCCCGUGUCUUUGCUGUGUGUGGGUGUGACCACCUGGUGGCUGGUAUGUCCCAGCUGGGACAGGCGCUGGCAGAGGAGGGGCUCCCUUGUGGGUGCGCUCAGGCCUGCCAUGACCUCUCCACUGGUGGAGUCUCCCCAGGAAGUGCUGGCCCUUCGUCCCAGCUAACGGGGCAUUGCUGUGCCUGCUCACACAGGAACACCCUGCACUGGGGCUGGGGACGAGGAAGGAGCAGCCAUAGUAGCGGAAGUGCCCUGGUGGACACCAGCCCUGCCCUGCCCUAGGCCCAGGCCGAAACCUAUGUUUAUUUCCUGAAUGGUUUGUUUGUGAACUUGCUCACCUGGACUGCUAUAACCUGCCGCUGUCCCUCUCCUGGUCUCGCACUGCCACUGCAUGGCCUCCUGUCACUGUGAAUUGUGGCCCAGUCUCAGUUUGUAGUUUCUCAUUAAAUUGGCCCUUUCAGUCCCCCACCCUGGA